AUGCCUGUCGAGCUAGAAAAGUCAAGUGCGUCUUCCGUUGCGAUGAACCGAUAUGCACCACCUGCCAUGAACUCGGGAUCGAGUGCACCCAAAUCAGACCUCGGGCAAAAAGGGGCCCAAAGAACCGCUUUGCGCGCCCAGCUAGAUGGCACAGCGCAAGUCCAGGCUUCGGAGACUCCCUCUCUGACGCCACCAUCAGCUGAAUCGAUUUCCUUUGGCGAGACGCGUCAACUGACUCUCGAACUAAUUGCUCCAAUGCCGAUUGUGCAUCGAAUCAUUUCCGACUGGUUUGGGUGGAUCCAUCCCGUUGCCCCAAUCUUCAAUCAGCGCCAAAUCUUCGGGAGGCUCAUGGAGUGCGAAACAGCCAUGCCCGAUGCUUCGUUCCUGAUUCUCAUCUCGUCUAUUUGUGCUGCGACAGUUGCGUCACUGCGAAGGCGACGCGGGCUAUACGGCUCGGUGACGGUCGAGCAAUGUCUAGAACUCGCCGAAAGUUUGGGCCUUUGGUCAGGCAAGAACCCAAUAACACUAGAAAACAGCCUGGCCAUGUACAACUUUUCUAGCGCCACGCAUCACGAACUCGGGAUUGAUGCUCCGGUUGCGUAUCGUUUCAGUGCCGAGUCUUCCAUAGGAGUGAAGUAUUUGAUCUAUCAUGAGUUGCAGCACAUGUCGUUUUACGACCAGCAGAUACUGAAACGGCUGUAUUGGCUUCUGUUUGCAGGGCAAUGUACCAGCGAUAUGUAUGGAAGACCACUGCUGAUGCUGCACCACGCACAUGAGCAGAUCAAUGACCUGAUACCCCUCGAUGUCCACGAUGAUGAACCGCCGACAAGCGCAUCACCCGACCAUGGACUAUACGCAGCGAACCAACCUAGAAGCUACGUACCAGGUUUGAACGCGCUAUCCAAGAUGUUCCUGAUCUGGCAAUCCAGCCAGACAACCUCCAUACAGACCAUGGCAAACCUGCAGGAACACAUCAAGCGCGCGCAACAAGCAUCGGAGGCACUGCCGCCAACACUGAUGUGGAAGAGCCAUCGGUCGAGCCCGGCCAGGGGGGACACUGCACUGCCGGCCAACGAGACUAGCGACUUUGGUACGGACGUGCAGACUGUCAAUAUUAGAGUCACGCAACUGCACAUCCGAUCCAAUCUCCUCGAGCAGAUGAACGGACUCGCGCGCACGCAGAACCUUCUCAUCACGCCGAGUAUCAUCGUCGAGGAGCGCCACCGCGUCGUGGAUGAAUUGCUCGAGGUUCUCGAGGAGAUGCCGCACGAGGUCUUCGACGCAAACGGAUGCAGCAUCAUCCCCAAGAUUCGCGACAUCGGAAGCGCCUUGCUGGAUGAGGUGCGAACGGGCACGCAGGGUGGGAAUCUUCAGGCGAGUAUGAACCUAGAUCGGUUGCUUAAGAAGUUGGAGGAGUUGGAUGUUUGA